AUGGCAUCCUUGGCUUCUUUAAAGCGGGCGCAUGCCCCUCUCCGCAAAGCGCUGAGCGCAACUCCCACCCUCCGAACUUUCGCCACUGUACCUCCCAGCGGCAGCGAGCCUGCCAAACCUCAAAGAAAGAGUUAUUUCAAGGAUACAACAGUCUCCGACUUCAACGACUUCCUUGGUACCUCUUCUCCCGCCCAACCACUGUCUGCAGCAGAGGCCUACUCUCUCAAGACCGCCGAAGUCGGCCCAGAGGGCAAAAAGCGAACGAUCACACGACUGCCAGAAUGGCUCAAGACGCCAAUCCCCGCCGGUAACGAUAACUUCAAGAGCAUCAAGAAGGAUCUGCGAGGAUUGGGACUGCACACUGUUUGCGAGGAGGCUCGAUGCCCCAACAUUUCAGAAUGCUGGGGUGGUUCCGAUAAGAACGCUGCGACAGCUACCAUCAUGCUGAUGGGAGAUACAUGCACCCGAGGAUGUCGUUUCUGCAGUGUCAAGACAAACCGAAACCCUGCUGCCUUGGAUCCUCACGAGCCCGAGAACACUGCAGAGGCAUUGGCUAGGUGGGGUCUGGGCUAUGUUGUGUUGACCAGCGUCGACCGUGACGAUCUGGCAGACGGUGGUGCGCACCACUUUGCCGAGACAAUUCGAAGAAUUAAGCAGAAGAAGCCUUCAUUGCUGGUUGAAGCUUUGACUGGUGACUUUCGUGGAGAUUUGGAUAUGGUCAAGGUUGUGGCCGAGAGUGGACUUGAUGUAUAUGCACACAAUGUUGAGACCGUCGAGGACCUCACUCCUUACGUGCGAGAUCGACGAGCUACUUUCCGACAAAGUUUGGCUGUCCUGAAGCACGUCAAGGAUGUUAUGGGCAAGGAUGGUCCCAUCACCAAGACCAGUCUGAUGCUUGGUCUCGGUGAGCAGGAGCGUGAGCUUAUGUCUGCGCUUGAGGAACUCCGAAAGGCAGAUGUGGACGUUGUCACAUUCGGUCAAUACAUGCGACCAACCAAGCGUCACCUCAAGGUAGAGAAGUACGUGACUCCUGAUGAGUUUGAGAUGUGGCGCAAGCGUGCUCUGGAUAUGGGUUUCUUGUACUGCGCUAGUGGCCCUCUUGUGCGCUCCUCGUACAAGGCUGGUGAGGCCUUUAUCGAGAACGUCCUUCGCAAGCGCUCUGGCGAGAAGGCCAUGGCCAGCGGCAACCUCGGCCAGACAGUCGCUCUCGACUCAACUCAAUCGUCGAUCUAA